CUCAAAGGGCCCGCCCCUCCCGGCGCUUCUUCCGGGUGGGGCCCCGGGCGGAGGAGAUGGCUCCCUGGGCGCUCCUCAGCCCUGGGGUCCUGGUGCGGAGCGGGCAUACUGUGCUGACCUGGGGGAUCACGCUGGUGCUCUUCCUGCACGAUACCGCACUGCGGCAGUGGGAAGAGCAGGGGGAGCUACUCCUGCCCCUUACCUUCCUGCUCCUCGUGCUGGGUUCCCUGCUGCUCUACCUGGCCGUGUCGCUCAUGGACCCGGGCUAUGUGAAUGUCCAGCCCCAGCCGCAGGAGGAGGUCAAGGAGGAGCAGACAGCCAUGGUUCCUCAAGCCAUCCCCCUUCGGCGCUGCAGAUACUGCCUGGUGCUGCAGCCCCUGCGGGCCCGCCACUGCCGUGAGUGCCGUCGCUGCGUCCGCCGCUACGACCACCACUGCCCCUGGAUGGAGAACUGCGUGGGGGAGCGCAACCACCCGCUCUUCGUGGCCUACCUGGCGCUGCAGCUGGUGGUGCUUCUGUGGGGCCUGUACCUGGCAUGGUCUGGCCUCCAUUUCUUCCAGCCCUGGGGGCUCUGGCUGCGGUCCAGCGGGCUGCUGUUGGCCACCUUCCUGCUGCUCUCCCUCUUCUCUUUGGUGGCGGGCCUGCUCCUCGCCUCGCACCUCUACCUGGUGGCCAGCAACACCACCACCUGGGAGUUCAUCUCCUCGCACCGCAUCGCCUACCUCCGCCAGCGCCCCGGCAACCCCUUCGACCGCGGCCUGACCCGCAACCUGGCCCACUUCUUCUGCGGAUGGCCCUCAGGGUCCUGGGAGACCCUGUGGGCCGAGGGGGAGGAGGAGGGGGAGGAGGGCAGCAGCCAGGCGGUGUAGGGUUGCUGGAGGCAAGGCCACCAUCUUGUGCCUGAAAACCAGAGGGGCUGCCCCCAGCUGGGGUCGGCGUUCGGAGGGCCUGGGGUUCUUCACUCCCCCCCCUCCUCCCAGGCCUCAGAGCAGAGCUGAAAUGACAGAGCUCCUGCCACAAUAGGCAGUCCUGCCCUCUGAAGGAAGGAGAGGAGGCAGAGGACCCGUGGGGCGCUCGGGCACAAGCAGCCUGGGCUUCUGAGACCCCCCACCCCGCCCCCCAAAGCCAGGAUGCCUCCAUUGCACAGUUUUAUAAGUUUAAUCAUCCAUAAAGCAAAUCAAAUAUUAAAAAACCAAACCAAA